UGACAAUCCGCUAAUCACUGGUUGACGAUCAAUCAUGCUAACAUCGCUCGUAUGAUCUAGGGAUAUCAAACGUCGAUUGAUAACUGAGCGUUUCACCCCAUUUUGCACCGAUCUUUCGACAGUGAGCUAUACAUAUAAGAAAGUCGCACGGAGUCCGAGUCGCAGGGCCCACAACUCCUUGCACCACAGCUGGCCAUGCGGAACCAGGUGAUUAAGCAAACGUCGCGACGACAAAUGCCCUCAUUCGAAAUCGGCUCACAAAGGACUCCAGGUCCACUCGUGUCCAUUACACAAGUGAAAGGGCACCUCCGCCUCCUCAGAGCGUUCCAUAAUCUGAGGGUUAUAGUAGAAGAAUGCAAGGACCGCAGGAUUCCUACCUUUGCAGCACAAAUGGAUAGAGAUAGCAGGUGGACAUGGUUUAUCACCCUGGCUACUGACAGAUUUGAGCGAUGGGUCAAGUCUCUGCAAUUCGUACCUCUUGAGAAGUUCAUCAGCAAACAGCUGCCACCCAUUGACGUGUGGAUGGUUUGGCAUGCUUAUCUAUUGAAUCCAUGUUGGUACGAAGAAGACUGCGAACGUCUCCUCAUUCUGCAGCAGCUCCGCCUGGUCAACAUGUUUGUUGUUGCUUCUAUCGAUGUUGGAAAGUUUGCAAAGAAUCAGCCAUCUGCCUCGCGGAUUAUUGCAUGGCACAAACAAACGGGGUCAUUAUUUGAUCCGUUUGAUGCCAUGGAGGAGUUGACUCAUAAACAAAUGGAGUGUCCUCGAUGUCGGACACGUGUAUUCGUUCCGUUUGUCAAUGAUAACGGAACUGGGUACUCAGAGCAGCAGUUUAGUGCUAUGUGUCCUCUCCCAGGAUGUAGACUGAAGAUCACAAAAGGGAAUCUAGCCGUGGCAAAGUUUGUGCGAGAUCUGACAGAGUCGGAGGAUGGGAGCGAAAAUUACAUGGCCGGAAGUCUGUUCUUUGGCAACGGAAAGCGAGAUCCUCGUCGAGCAAAGGCAAUCAAAGAUCAACUAACCCAAUCAUCACAGUUUUGUCGCAAGAGUCCUCGGUCCUCUAACCAGCGCAUUGCCCGACUGGAUUGGGAGAAAGAAAUUAAGGAAAGCAUCGGUUACUCCUGGCCACUGUUAAAAGAUGCUAUAGCGAUAGCCCUCAGGGACCAACCAGAGGCGACGAGGACCAAAAUUUUGAGUGCAUACGAAGGCGACAGCCCAUUCUCUAUCAAUCUCAUUUCCGCGGUGCUGCGACAGGGGAUAUUUACCAAAAGGAUUGAUGAAUUAGGCUGGCUUAGACCUGGCACAUUCAAGGAAGGUGAUAAGUUGCAACUCCUGGAACAUGCUCUACUUCGUUACCACUGCUUCCUCGAUUUAGCAGUAGCCUCACCGAAUCUGAUGUCCGUCCCUACUCUUGACAUUGACCUGAUUUGGCACAGUCAUCAGCUUAUGGGUGGCAAGUACGGUGUUGAUUGUGACAUAUACAUCGGCCGUCGUGUUGACCAUCCACUUACCACAGAAGAAGCCAUUCUUUCAACAGCCCUUGAUGAUACAUGUCGUGCAUGGCAGUCACGGUUUCACGUCCCAUACAUGCAGUGCGGCUGCCCUGCGCCAGACGAAACUGUACUCGAGAGGCUCGUCCGCAUCCUCCGACAGUACACAGGAACUCGAACGCGUCUUCAUGCGUCCCUCCAUCCUGACCAUCUACCCGCCACGCAUCCAAGCCUUCACAAUGCUGUCCUCGACCCAGAACGUGGAGCCUUUGGAUCUUUCGGCAAACUGGCUCAUCCGCAACGAGACGAGAAAGACCUUGUCAGACUCUCUCGUCCAUUGGGGGUUCGGAAAAAGCGUUCGAAGAAGACUGAUCCGGAACUUCCACUGCAGUUGGAGGAGGGCUUUGUUUCUGAGAAGAUGACUCAGGAACCUAUACCCCUCAGUCCCGCACCUCCAUACGUCGGUUAUGGGUCGGACAUUCGUUUUAUGCAUGAUAUUUGACACCUACUUAUGCUUUUGUUCUAAUUAUUACUUAGUUGGAUUUUACACGGGACUUGUAUGGUCGAUUGGCUCCGUUCCGCAACCGAAGUGCUCUGGUAUUAGUGGAGGAUCUUGAUGGGAACCCGACGCAGUCAUAGGUAACCAUCUCUGUCAAAUCCUACCUUGCAGUUGUAUGUUACAGUUUCUCUUUUUCCCUUUCACUUAUUCACAUUACUAAUCAUUCUCAGACAUUCUAUGACAUUCUAUUGUAUGAUUCUCUUUUCUCUUUUCUGAUUUGAUAUUUACUUUCCAUCUCUGAUUCAUUUAUUAAAGCUCUGCUUUAAUCUCUCUAUAUAUACUCUAUCUCUUAUGCUUGUAUUCUUUAACUUGACCUACGCAGACCAGGG